AAUGUACAUAAUAAAGCACAUUAAAAUCGUGUUUGUGUAAGUAUCAAUAAUAUUAAUAAAUGAACGUUGAAAUAUCAAAGUAUCAAAUUGAGAAAAACUUAACAUCGAGGAUCAAAAACUCGGCAUGCCCCAAUGAAUACACUGCGGCGCUUGAUAAUAUAUUUCUAAUAUAAGUCAGCUCAGCUGUCAUGCAAGGUCAAGUGCAGCUUAUAAAAGAGAAUGCUGAACUGUUGGCUAUAUCCAGUUUGAAAUUGUUUCUGGUCUCGAUUCCUGAAUUGCGACAUUCAAGAUAAUGAAGUUAGCUAUUCUAUUGGUUGUCUGCGUUAUCGCCAAACAGGCAUACGGGGAUGAACCUGAAGCUAUAGUGGGUGGCAGCGUGGCAACGCCCGGACAAUUUCCACAUCAAAUCUCUCUUCAGUACUGGGGUUUGCAUAUUUGCGGGGGCAGUAUUAUUAGCCCCACACACAUCAUCACCGCCGCUCAUUGUGUUAAAGAUAUGCAACAAUCAUCUUUGACAGUUGUAACUGGUAGUAUCUCUUCGCGCCCCGGCUACGGCCAAAGUCACGAGAUCCAGUGUAUACAGGUACAUCCAGGUCAUACUGGUCUAAAGAGGGACGGCUGGAAGGAUGAUAUCUGUGUGAUAACUCUGAAAAAACCAAUUACAAUGAGCAACGUCCAAAAUGUAAUUCCUCUAGCCAGUAGGGAUUAUGCUAUUGGAAGUUAUCGCGGUACAAUUAGCGGAUUUGGAAAGACUAGUGUAAAUUCGGGUGUUUCGCCUGACCUUCUAUUCGCUAAUGUGAACAUUUUGAGUAGAAAAGCCUGCACAGAUGCACACCCGAAAAACAGUUGGGGUGUCGCAUUCACCAAUGAAAAUCAUAUUUGCAUUUUGGAGGAGCCUGGAAUAGGUGCUUGCAAAGGUGACAGUGGCGGUCCUCUCAUUUGCAAUGGUCAACUUGUUGGUGUUACUUCUUGGGUUGUGCCCUGUGCUUUGGGUGUUCCUGAUGUAUACACUGCUGUCUAUCCUUAUUUGAGUUGGAUUAAGGAAUGUCAACAGAGGUGCUGAUCAUUCGAAUAAUCACAGUCGACCGGCGAUCUAUAUUCCAGGGAUUAUUUACAAUUUUCAGUUACUGCGUGUAAAACGUAAUAUAAUUUUGUAUCAUUCUUAUGAAAGAUAUCAAUGAUGUCAGUAAUAUUUCUAUAAGAAUGAUAUUAAAGUGUAAUCUCUUUGAAUGAUAUAAAAGAAUCAAUAAAAAAUA